GGAGAUGCACGCGGAGAUGGCGUUCCCGGAGAGCCAACGCUUAUAGCGACUCUCAAGGCAAACCGUCCAAAAAACAAACAGAAAAAACUCCUCCUGCUGAUCGGCACAGACCUGAGAAAAAUGACACAAAUCCUGGAAUCUCUGGUGGUGCGCUGUCACGUUUGGGAUUGCUUUCUUUGACCUAAGCAUUUGCGCAUUUUGUUAAAGUUUACGCUACUCUCGGUACAUUCUAGUAGUUUUGAAGUCUUGCACAAGUAUGAACAAGAAGAGGCGACCUGAGUUGCGGCGACUCUCUGUCGUGGGAUAAAAUUUGUGGAUUAAAACGCGAAUUCAUGAGGAAUUUAGGAGGCGACGAGAACGAAGACCGGGCACAGCGCUUCCUCCUUCGGAUCUGACUGACCAUGGUCGCCGUGGUCCGCGCUCUCACGGUGCUGUUGCUCGGUCAGGUGUUGCUGGGAGGUGCCGCUGGACUCAUUCCCGAGAUCGACCGACGGAAAUACAGUGAUUCGGGGAGACAAACUCCGGAGAGGUCCGAUAUGAACUUCCUGAGCGAGUUCGAGCUUCGCCUGCUCAAUAUGUUCGGACUGAAGCGCAAACCCACGCCAGGCAAAUCGGCGGUGGUUCCUCAGUACAUGCUGGACCUGUAUUAUAUGCACACUGAAAACGAUGACCAGAACGCGCGACGCCCGAGGAGCGCGAUGGGAACGCACGCGGAACGUGCUGCCAGCAGAGCGAACACGAUACGAAGUUUUCAUCACGAAGAGGCUUUGGAGGCACUGUCCAGCCUGAAGGGAAAAACAACGCAGCAGUUUUUCUUCAACCUAACCUCCGUUCCCAUCGAGGAGCUGAUCACUGCUGCAGAGCUACGCAUUUUCAGGGACCAGGUUCUUAGUGACACUACAGCCCCGACCAAUAGCAGCGGUGCAGGUGGUUUCCACAGAAUUAACAUUUAUGAGGUGUUCAGGCCAGCCCUGGCCCCCUCCAAAGAGCCUCUUACUAGACUUCUUGACACCCGUCUUGUGCAAGACUCUCACACACGCUGGGAGAGCUUUGAUGUGGGCUCCGCCGUGACUCGCUGGGCGCACAACUCCAGGCAUAACCACGGGCUCUUGGUGGAGGUUCUCCACCCAGAGCAGUCAGACGUUGCAGAAGAGUCAAAGAGGAACCGGAGGAAGCAUGUUAGAGUGAGUCGUUCUCUCCAUAGUGACGAGGAAUCAUGGUCGCAAGCCAGACCCCUGCUUGUUACCUACAGCCAUGACGGCCAGGGCAACGCUGUCCUGCAUUCGCACCGAGAGAAGCGACAGGCACGGCGAGGACCCAAGCAGCGCAGGAAACAGCAUCAGCGCACGAACUGCAGACGGCACGCUCUCUACGUUGACUUUAGCGAUGUGGGCUGGAACGAGUGGAUUGUGGCACCGCCCGGCUAUCACGCUUUCUACUGUCAUGGCGAGUGCCCCUUCCCCCUAUCGGACCACCUCAACUCCACAAAUCACGCCAUCGUCCAAACAUUGGUGAACUCGGUCAAUUCCAACAUUCCCAAAGCCUGUUGCGUACCGACAGAACUCAGUCCCAUUUCUCUGCUCUACUUGGACGAGUACGAGAAAGUUAUUCUUAAAAACUACCAGGACAUGGUGGUGGAGGGCUGUGGGUGCCGAUGAGAACUAAAUCUCCCCAAUGAAGACUUUUAUUUAUACAAAAUAACUUUUAAAGAGCCAUUUUGGAGGAAGAAAAAAAAUAUAUGAAUAUAUUUAUACUGACUGAACAAAAUAUGGGAAAAUAAUAUUUUAAUGAGAGAUUUCUUGCUUUUUUACGGAAGAGGAUUAGGGCCAAGCAAUAAUAAAAAAAAAUAAAGCCAUCUCGAGAUUAAAGUCAUUAUAAUGCGAGAUUAAACUCGUUAAAUUUCGAGAAAAAAGUCGAAAUACAAUCUUGAGAAUAAACUCAUUAAAUAUCGAGAUUAAAGUCAUUAUAAUGCGAGAUUAAACUCGUUAAAUUUCGAGAAAAAAGUCGAAAUACAAUCUUGAGAAUAAACUCAUUAAAUAUCGAGAAUAAAGUCGUUGUGUUUCGAGAAAAAACUUGUUAAGUUUAAUCUCGCAUUAUAAUGACUUUAUUCUCGAUAUUAAACUCGUUAAAUUUCGAGAAAAAAGUCGAAAUACAAUCUGGAGAAUAAACUCAUUAAAUAUCGAGAUUAAAGUCAUUAUAAUGCGAGAUUAAACUCGUUAAAUUUCGAGAAAAAAGUCGAAAUACAAUCUUGAGAAUAAACUCAUUAAAUAUCGAGAUUAAAGUCAUUAUAAUGCGAGAUUAAACUCGUUAAAUUUCGAGAAAAAAGUCGAAAUACAAUCUUGAGAAUAAACUCAUUAAAUAUCGAGAAUA